AUGUGUUUUUUUGUUAAAACUCGCGAUUUAGGUCUCGCGUUUCUCGCUCACGAGAACGAGGAAUGUCCUUCAUCGUCGUCGCGUUUAGGUCUCGUGUUCUUCGCUCGUCCGUCACCGCGUCUCCAUUCACAGUCGCGACCUUCACAAUUCGCUGCUGUUCGCAUUCGCAGCUCUCCGUUAUCACGUUCGAAACUUGGCCCCGCUCAUAAUUCGCCGCCGUCGCAGAACGCCGCAGUUCUCAGUCGCACCGUCACUCCCCCCCUCCAAAACUACACCCGCACCACCUUAUCACGCUCACAGCCACUCACCAUCAGCCCUAGCCCUCCCGCGGCUGCAUCUCCUCCAAUGUGA